AUGCGUUCACGUUCGUCUCUGGUAAACGGUUCCCCGUCGUGGAAUGAACCGUACACAAACGGUCACUCCGAUCUCCCUGUAAGCCCCCCGAACGGACGUGAACCACCGACCGCAAGUAUUUGGGACGAUCCAGUUGGUCAGACCUAUCGUCCCUCCAAACCUCGAUGGAUUGGACCGAAUUUGGGCGGUGUGCCAUGUGCUAACUGUCCAGAUGUGGUGUAUGCCAACGAACGGGUGGAAGCUGUUGGAAAGGUGUUUCAUCGCCUCUGUUUCAAAUGUGCCAGUUGUCGACGACUGCUAGAUCGUGGCACAGCGUGUGAUCAUAAGCGAGAGAUUUUCUGUCAAAAUUGUUACACCAAACAUUUUGGUUCUACCGGAUUCAAGACGGGCACGAAUCUACGAUGUGAAUAG